AUGGGGGUCGCGCUGCCUCUACAAGUCUCCCGGCGCUGGUUCCGUCAUACUACUUCUCUCGUCAUCUUCGCGCUGCUACUUUUUUAUCUUUGUACUCGGAGCCUACGCGCCCUCUCAGGCUGCCGACCCGGAGCACAGUCCUGCAUUACUGAGGGACCGCCGCCUUUUCAGGCCCAGCAACAGUCGCAAUCCCUGGAGGCCCCGGACUGGGAAGAGCCUCAGUGUCUGGGCCCCCAUGGGAUGCUGGGCCGCAUGGUGAGGCCGUUCCGCGCCAGUCUGAACCUGGAGGGGGAUGUGGAGUUGUCGCCGUACUUGGCAGGAUGGAGGGAGCUAAUCAAGUUCUUAACUCCCUUCGGUUCCAUUUUCACCUUCGCCACAAGCGAGGCCUUCGACAAAGUGACAGCCCUCGAGGCUCGGGUGCACGGCCCAGAUGCGGCGCACUACAAGUCGCUGGCAGCCAUGGUGGCGUGGGAGCGGCGGAAGGGGCUGCUGGAGCUGCCUGGGGUCGCCCCUCGAAACCCGGCCAGGUCCUCCGGCUCAAAAACAGCGCUCCUGCUGCACCGUGCGCUACGCUGGUCCCAGCUCUGCCUCCACCGGGUGGCGACCGGGACGGUCGGAGGCCCAGAGCCCGGCGAGCAGUGCAGUGACGCUUACGGCACAGUCCUGGGCCCGCACCACCCGUGGCUGAUCCGUCAGGCCGCCCGCCUCGCAUUCCUUUCGUUCCCGGGUCGCGGCCGCUUGCUGGAGCUGGCGUGUCCCGGAACCACAGAGUCGGAGGCGCGGGCCGUCCUGGCCCACGCCGCGGGCACCCUGGAGGAUGUCUACAACCGGACCCAGGGCUUGCUGGCCGAGCGUGGCCUGCUCCAGCUGGCCUAA